CUAAAAAAGAUUUCUUUUAACUCACCAAAGUGAACUUUCUUUUUUAGGCUGCAUCUAGGGUCUGAGCUGAUUGUCUCAAGUUAUCAAAUGCGGAUUGUUCUCAAUUGAUACCCUCCAGGCAUCCUACCUGACGGUGUGAAGGAAGCCAUCUUAGCAUGUUUGCCUCUUAGAGAUGCUGUGAGGACCAGCGUGCUCUCAAAGAAUUGGAGGUCACACUUACGAUUCCCGGGGGAAAAUGGCACUCGCAAAUUGACAACUUAUUCCUCUUACUGUCAAAAAGCGAUGUUGAGGACCUCGAACUUUUUUCGUCUCCUGGAUUUUAUAGAUUGCCUUCAGCGUUCUUCAGAUGUCAUAAACUGAAGCACCUUACCCUUUAUAAUUGCCGGGCCCGUCCUCCUCUUGGCUUCAUCGGAUUUAGCCAUCUUCUCACAAUUGUAAUGACCAAUGUAGACGGGGAUUCCAAACACAUUCAAAAUCUUGUAGCCUCUUGUCCUCUACUUGAAAUAUUGAAGCUAACAGUGGUGUUUCCCACAUUCAGUUCACUUGUCAUUCAUGCUCCCAAACUCAAACAAUUCCAUUUAGAAGGCAAAAUACGAUCUGUUUGUUUCAAGAACACCCCGCUCCUUGAGCAAGUAUCGUUUUUAGAUCUGGGACUUUAUGAAGAACAAUCAAUACAUGGAAAAUUUAAACUUGUUGAGCUUUUCAGUUCUCUACCGGCACUCAGGGCUCUACGAUUUGACUCUAACUUCACCAAGGGUAUAGCUGCAGAUAAAGUCCCAACAAGAGCUAGUUUGAGAGCAGUCCACCUAAGCUCUAUUAGACUGGAAUCGUUUCGUUUAGAUGACUUGGUGGGGAUGCCAUUUGUUGUUUUCCUGCUUAGGAUCUCACCAAACUUGAAAAAUAUCAAAAUUUCUCACAUUACUGUUGUGGGUGAUAUCAGCAAGAACCUUUAUCUCCAUCCACUGGAUGUUGAAGAGUAUUCAGAUGUGAAACUGGAUCAGCUCAGUGUGGUGGAGUUUUCAGAUUUUACUGGAGCAUGGAACGAAAUGAGACUUGCAAAACUUAUUCUAAUCAAUUCACCAAGGCUAGAGAAGAUGGUAAUUCGAACCAAAGCCACGGCGUGUACUGAAAAACAAGAGCUUAUGAUACUUAAAGAGCUAAUACAAUUGGCCCGUCCUUCACCAACUGCAAAGAUCAUCUAUGAAUAGGUACAGGCUGCAAAAGAAUUUUUUUCAUAGAAAAGGUCAUUCAAAUGCUCGAGAUCUAUCAAGAUCGCAUUCUGUACUAGUAGUAAACUGAAAUGGAAGGAAAACCCAGGUUCUGUUUGUGGAAAUGUGUUCUUUUUGUUCCGUUCUUGGUCUGGUUUGGUAUGGCUAGUGACGAACAUAUAACCACUGAAUGAAGAAAUAUUGGAAUCCUUGUGAUUUUGAAUUGUUUUUGAAGACCACUAAUGCAGGUUCUUGGAGAUAUCUUAGGACUGUAGAGUCUUUGGUUAGGGUGGGUGUGCCUGGGGCAUAGUGCAAGCAUUGCAUAGACCCUUUGCACGUGCUAGUGACAUAUCUCAUGCCUUAUUUCUUGUAUCUAAAUUUAACUCGUCUUAGGUAACUGU